AUGGCGCUAGAUCAGCUGGAAGAAGGAUGCGCGGAAGUGCAGAUGGGGAUUACAAAGCUGAUUAAUAUUAUUGAAGGUGUCCCUGAAUCGCCAAUGGACGCGAAAAUUAGGAUGAAGAUGUACACAACAGUUUACAAUAUGGGGUCUCCUCCUACUUAUUAUUCUGAAGAGCUUUACAAAAGGUACCAAGGCGUUUUUAAUGAUUAUUUGAUUUCUAAAGUUUUACCAGCUAUUCAAGAAAAACGUGAUGAUGUAUCUAUGUUGCAAGAACUCGUAAAUAGGUGGGCUAAUCAUAAGGUUCUGGUAACAAAGAUUUCUCGAGUUUUCCAUUAUCUCGAUCGCAAUUAUGUUGUGAGAAAAUCACUUCCAUCGUUAAAGGAUGCUGGGUUUGGUUGCUUUCGUACAAUAGUCGAGAUGAAAGUUCAUGUUAAGCAUGUUGUUAUCUCGCUGAUUAAUCAAGAGCGCGAUGGAGAAAAAACCGACCAAACUUUGCUCAAAAAAGUUUUAGAGAUUUUUGUUGACCUUGGGAACGACGAGGACACACAAAAAUGGAAUGUUAGGAGCGUUUCAAAUUGGAUUCUAGAAGACUAUACCGUAAAGGCUGAGGAAUGUUUGAAAAAGGAGAAAGACAGGGUCUCUCACUAUUUGCACUCCAGUACCGAGGAAAAGUUAUUGAAGGUUGUUCAAGAUGUGCUUAAUCCUGCUCAAACAAGUAUUGCUCAUGCACCUGUUGUACAUGUUUUGAUGGAGCAUGGGUCAAGUAAUAUCAAGUUUGUUGCAGUUGUCGAGUCUCUCCUUGCAGCUGCAUGCUCAGAGCCUCAGACCACUCUUGACCGUCAGCUGCUUGCAAUUGCUUGA